UAAGUUCAACCUCCCUCAUACCCAGUGUUUUUUCAUCUCUCCUGGAAUCUCAUCAUGGAUAUCCCCAUCCAGUAUCCCUGGUACCGUCGGGCCUUCCCACAUCGGUUCUCUGACUUCUCCUUUGCAGAACCUCUCAGUGACUGGCCCCUGAUCUGGCCCUUCUCCUGGUCCUUCCCCUGGAUCCGCCCUUCGUUCAUGCGCUGGUUCAACUGGCCAGACAAUGGACACAGUGAGAUGCGCAUGGAAAAGGAUCGCUUUGUCAUUUAUCUGGACGUGAAGCAUUUUUCCCCUGACGAGCUGUCUGUCAAUGUCAGUGACGACUUCAUCACAAUACAUGCCAAACACGAAGACAGACAGGAUGACCAUGGCUUUGUGUCAAGAGAGUUUCUGAGGAAGUACAGGCUUCCUGCCGGCGUGUCAUGUGCUGAUGUCACUUCCAGUCUUUCAUCUGAUGGUGUGCUGACAAUCACCGCACCUCGGUCAUCUACCGGCCAAGAACGCAGUAUUCCUAUUUCCUGUGAAGAUGGAACAUCGAAACAGAAAAUGUAGAGCAGAACUUGACGCUCCUGACACUGUUUCAAUGCUAACCCCAUGUGCUGCCUGUUUUUAUAUUUAACCUGUCACAGUUUUAUUGGGAGUUCAGUACACAUAUAGAUGGGGCAUACAUGUCUAGAUGUCUAUAAGUGCAAGAGCCUUCUAAUAAACCAGUAUCUAACUCCUAACUCCCUCUUAUCUUGAUGUCUCAGCAAGAUAAUGGUGCGCUAAAACCAAAGAGCCCAUGUAACAGAGUGUAAUUGACGGCACAAUUAAGUUUAACACACACACUGUGGUGGGUUGCAAGAUAAAAAAAAUCCUGAGAGUUAAUUCUUCUAUUAAAAGCCUACAGAAUCACUCUUUAAACCAUACCUCUACGCCAAAAAUAUUCACACCAACAUGUAUGUAAAUGGCACAUCAAGGGCGUGUAACCAUAAUUUGAGAGGCAUUUCCUAUCUUCAUCAGGCAUUUGUUGUUGUAUGUUAUACAACUUACAAUGUCGAUUCUAGUCCUGCACUUUAGUGAAAAACUGUAAGUAUUUGUUGUAUUGAACUUAACAUGGCUUGCAGCACCUAUUAGUUUUGCAUGGAAAUGCUAAAAAGUCGGUAUAAGGGAGGGGGAAUUUAAAGGCUUCCUCUCAGAAUUGUCCACUGAAGAUAUAACUAAAAUUGUUAAACUUAAUUGUAUCUACAGUACACAGUACUGUCAGAGUGGGUAUGAGUAAGAUGCCAACUGUGCUUUGUUUAUUCAUUGAGAAUAGUGUUGGUUUCGGUAUGUGUAAGGAGGAAGGAGUUCUCUGGAGGCAUAUUCAGUCAUUUUUAGUUUUUUCACUAAAAAAAAAAAAAAAAAAAAA